AGAAGACAAGGAGGAAGAGGAGAAGCUCUUUCUUUCUCCUGCUUAGCUUAUUGACAUUUUGUUGUCCUCCUUGAUAGCUGCUUUCCUAUUUGGACGAUCAGUAAUUUGGAUUGUUUGUUCUUUUUGAUUGUUUUUAUCUCUUUACAUCAGCUCAUUGUUUUGUACUGUUUAAACCUUUAUACAGUUUUCCAAAAGUAUUUUGUCAUGUUUUUGAAAACUUUUAAAUAGUUGCGAUUCUAAUUCUUCUUUUUUCAGUCUAGUUUCAUCUGGUACUUCACACAUCCAUCACUUUAUAUUCUAAAAUUGUUAUUUUUAAUUUUUUGUGAUGGUGGUUUAGUGUGCAACACACUGUGUAUAUCUACUCAGGAAGGUUGUCUGCUCUGGCCUGGUUCUGGCCCAGUUCUGGCCUGGCACGGUCCUGUUUUUGGGUUGAGCUGAGACCUAAGACCGUCCAUGCAGGGUUAUCGCCACUAUGGCACCUCCUACCCUGUCUCACCCUCCUCAGCCCCUGUAGAGGAGAUCCAUGCUGAAGAGGAGGAGGAAGAGGAGGAGGUGUACGCUGAAGAGAAGGUGUAUGGGGAGGAGGCAGAGCCCCUGAUACAGGAGGAAGUGGAGAAGGAGACAGGAGGCGUUAAUGAGGAGGAGGUCACACAGAUGAAGGAGGAAGCUCAGCCUGUUGCCCAGGAGACAGAGGGGAAGACACCACUGGUGGAAAGUAAGAAUGGAAAAAGGACAGAGAGAGCAACAGCAGGAGGAGAUGCAGCAGCAGGAGGAGGUUCAAAGUACUCCAUGUUUACCUGGUUUGUGGUUCUGGCUCUGCUGGGUGUCUGGAGCUCGGUGGCUGUGGUCUACUUCAACAUUGUGGACUAUGACAGUGUCAUCGGGAAACUGACAGCAUAUGACACUGACGGAGAUGGUGACUUUGACGUGGAAGAUGCUAAAGUUCUGUUAGAUGAAAAGAAGUUUAAAGCUCCUGCUCUUAGGAGGGACAGGCAGAGAAAAGAGGACAGGAAAGAGGCGAAGAAGAAAGGUAGACGUAAAGAAGACAAGAUGUUAGAGAAGAUUGAUCGAGAAAUAAAAAUCCCUAAAGGUAGAUGUUCCUCUAUUACUGUGUCUGAAGCAGGGGAGACUGCUGCAACAAGGAACACAACUAGAGACCAUCCCGUCAGUGGCACCCGGCUGCGCUCUGCUCUGAGGGAAGAGCUGAGGAUGAUCCAAGAGAAGAUGGAAGCCAAGAGAAUUGCUCGCAUCGCUCUGGCAGAGAUCAGGGCCUUCCUCGCUGAAGAAGUGGAUGAGAAGGAGACGGCCUGGGCGCUGAAGAUGAAGACACUGGAGACUGCACAAGAGCAGCUGAGGUUGGAGAGGGAAAGGAUGGAGAAGGCUGAGAAGGAAAGGAUGGAGAGGGAAGCACAGGAGAAAGCAGAGAAAGAGAGGCUGGCUCAAGUGAGGGCAGAAAAGGAGAGACAAGAGAUGGAGAGAUUGGCCAAAGAAAAGGCAGCCAAAGAGGAGAGGGAACAACAGGAGAAAGAGAGGGUGGAGAGGGAAAAGAUGGAGAGAGAUCGCCUUGCCAGAGAACAAGAGAAGGCAGAGAGGGAACAACAGGAGAAAGAGAGACUGGAAAGAGAGAGGGCUGAAAAGGAAAGGAUCGAAAGAGAAAGAAUAGCCAGAGAAAAGGACAGGAUGGAGAGAGAGAAGGCAGAGAAGGAGAAACUUGAGAAAGAAAGGAUUGCCAAAGAGAAAGCAGAAAAAGAAAGACUGGAGGGGGAACGCAUUGCUAGGGAAAGAGAGCGGAUCACCAGAGAGAAGGAGCUGCAAGAAAAAGAACGCAUCGCCAGAGAAAGGGCAGAAAAAGAGAAGCUAGAGAAAGAGCGCAUCGCCAGAGAAAGGGCAGAAAAAGAACGGCUAGAGAGAGAGCGCAUCGCCAGAGAAAGGGCAGAAAAAGAGAAGCUAGAGAGAGAGCGAAUUGCCAGAGAAAGGGCAGAAAAAGAAAGGCAGGAGAAAGAGCGCAUCGCCAGAGAAAGGGCAGAAAAAGAGAGGCUAGAGAGAGAGCGUAUCACCAGAGAAAGGGCAGAAAAAGAAAGGCAGGAGAAAGAGCGCAUUGCCAGAGAAAGGGCAGAAAAAGAGAGGCUAGAGAGAGAACGUAUCGCCAGAGAAAGGGCAGAAAAAGAAAGGCAGGAGAAAGAGCGCAUCGCCAGAGAAAGGGCAGAAAAAGAGAGGCUAGAGAGAGAGCGCAUCGCCAGAGAAAGGGCAGAAAAAGAAAGGCUAGAGAGAGAGCGUAUCGCCAGAGAAAGGGCAGAAAAAGAAAGGCAAGAGAGAGAACGUAUCGCCAGAGAAAGGGCAGAAAAAGAAAGGCUGGAGAGGGAACGCAUCGCCAAGGAAAGAGAAAGAAUUGCAAGGGAGAAGGAGAGGAUUGAGCGAGAGAGGGACGAAAAGGAGAGGCAAGAGAAAGAACGAAAAGCCAUAGAACGAGCAGAGAAAGAAAGACUUGAGAGAGAACGUAUUGCUAAGGAAAGAGACAGAAUCGCCAGGGAAAAAGAGAGAGCAGAAAAGGAAAGACUGGAAAAAGAAGGAGUAGCUAGAGAGAAGGAAAAGAUGGAGAUGGAACACAUUGCCAGGGAAAGGGCAAGGAUUGCUCAGGAGAAGGAGCGACUAGAAAAAGAAAGAGCAGAAAAGGAGAGGGCAGCUAGAGAACUGAGGGAGAGGAUGGAGAGGCAAAGAAUCACCCGGGAGAAAGAGAGAAUUGAACAGGUGAGACUCGAGAAGGAAAGGAUGGAAAAAGAGAGAGCAGCGAGGGAGAAGUUGGAGCGUGAGAGAGCUGAGCUGAUGGAGAGGCAGAGGCUCGCCAGAGAAAAGGCUGCUCGGGACAAGAUGGAGGCAGAGAGGCUGGCAAAGGUAGAAGUGAAGAAACAGGAGCUCCUCGAGAGGAAACCAAAUGCUUCCCAGCCGAAAGUUCCAGCAGCGGAGGAUAGAAGUGACAGAGGAAGUGUGUCAGCAGUCAGGAGGGAGAAAAGUGUGGUGGAGGAGAAGAUGGCUGUGGGCGGGAAGAAAAAAUGACACCCUGGAUCUAAGUAACUAUCUUGUAAAUGGUGCUGAAGCUCUGAUUGGCUGCAGGCUGAAAGGAAGCAUAGACAAGGGGCAUGAAAAAUAAUGUGGAAAAUACUUCAACUUUAAUCCCUCUCCAUGACGGAGCUGGUGAAUCCACAUUUUACAGAGUAAGGACAAUAAAGAAAUUUUAGAGAACAGGACAUUUGCUGUUAUCCCAAAAGCAUGACAUCACAAUUUUUCUUUCUUUGAUCACAUGAAAAUAUUUCCUAUUAAAGGUCCAGUGUUUAGGAUGUAGGGGGAUAUAUUGGUAGAAAUAUAACAGGUAUGUUUUUUUUUAGUGCAUAAUCACCUGAAAACAAGAAUUUCCGGAAGAACACUGAUUUUUCGUCAAUAUGAAACUGCUUAAUUCAGAGUUUUACCAGUUUAAAUCACCAAGUCUGUUUGUUUUGGAGAGGAGGAAACCAGGGUUAGAGCAUACUUCUUUUAUGGUCAAUAUGGCUUUUAAUAUUCUAGAAUUCUGGCCACAUGAAACAACUACUGGGCAUAUGAUUUAAAUAGCUGUAUAAUCGGCUAUGAAUUUAAACAACAAGAAAGCACUUAAUUAAAUAACUUGAAAAUAAGCCAAAUGAAGAAGCCAUCUGUUGAACAGAAUGACUAACUAAUCAGAAGUUCAGCGGCAGAGGCAAAGGAGGAAAAGGACUGGGUGCCACAAGCAUCACCAUAAAUCAUGAAGGUUGCAAUCUGGCUGUCCGACUCACCGUGGUGGAGUGGAGCUUAUCUCAGGCCUUUUCUACAAGGAGACCAACAGUGUGUUGAAGGUCUUCCUGAAGAACUUGACCCAUGAUGCCAUCACCUAACUACACCAAGAAUGCUAAGAGUAGGACCGUGACUCCCAUGGAUGUGGCGUAUGCUCUGAAGAGGCAGGGACACACUCUGUACUGCUGGUGGCGAAAUAGCUCAAUUCGUAUUGAAAAUCCUAGAAUCUGGUCUGCAUAAUAUAGGUUUAUAUUUAAGUUGUCUUGGCAGCAUACAUUAUAGGUCAGCAAUGUUAGGCUAUUUAAUAUGCUAUUGAUGAAGGUAUUUAUUUAUUUGGCAAAUAUCCCUCCGGACAUUUUGGCCUUUGUGUGCCGGACAACUUCACGUGAUACCGGCAAAGACUAACAUAAACCCUUGAAGGAACCUCUAUGGAUAAUUAACCUCCUAAACAUCUGGAUUUUAAGGUAUCAAACAAAAAAGGUGAGCAUAAAUUAGCAGGUACUGGGGUAACGUCCGUCCCUGAUAUGCCAGUCAACAUCAGAAAGCACUGAUUUGUAACAUUAUGCCUCUUUUUUCAGGGUUUUUACUGAAUCACCUGGUCUGUUUGUUUUGGAGAGGAAGAGACCUCUGUGGAAAAUUCAGUUCCCUGAAUUUUUUAAAUCCUGAACAUUGAAAACUGAAGGAAUUCUAACCAGGAAAAGUUUUAGCUGGUUGCAAUCUGUAGUCCUUGCCACUAGAUGGCACUAAAUCCCCCUAAAUCUUACACACUGUUCCUUUAAGUAAAUACUCUAAAAGAAGUCAAAUAAUGGUAUACUGUGAUACGAACCUGCCAUUCAUAUCAGUGGUGACAUUCUGGUGAUUGUUCUUAUAUUCAUCUGCUGCAGUCUUUUAAGGGUGUUUUUUUUCCCUUCUUUUCCAAAUUGACCAUUUUGUAGUUUGUGGUAUUAAAAUUUUGUGAAGAAAUCUUGAAAAUCCUAAACAUGGUGGGUAUGUAAAGGGGGCAAAAAAGAAAAUGUGUAAUAUUAAUUUCAAACUGUCUUUUGGAAACGUCUUGCUUCAGUUUGCAUGUUGGUUUGAUGUUACUGUAGAUUAUGUUUUAAGUUAUGAGUUUUAUUUUGGUGAAGAAAACAUAUAAAUCUGAGUCUUCUUAUCUCAUGAUGCCAGCAUCAAUUUGAAUUUUUCACAAAAAGUUCAGAGCCUUAUGUUUGCAUCCUAAUUCAGAUCUGAUAAAAUCAUUUAGUGAAGAAAAUACUGAUUAAUAAAAUUUGCCAUAUGGUGCACUCUACUGGAAACAGUCAGAUUUAACUUUGAAGGAAAACAAAAAAAUAUUAAGCUAAACAUCAAAUAGGCCUACUCAUUAUUUAAAAUACUUGCUAUUUAAAAACACUGACUGUUCAAAGCACCCUUUUUCUGACAGAUUUUCCAUCAGUCUGUGGCAUGUAAUAUUGUAUUUAGGGUAAUAGUUUGGUGAAGGUGUCGUCUUACAUGACACAGAUACCGUAGAUGUGUUCAGACACUGUAUUCAAGUAGGUUUGAGUCUGGUGUAAUUUAAAACCUUGUCAGUGUUGAAAAGGAUUAAUGGAAUCACUGAAGGGUUCAAUUUUAAGAACCCACUUAAAGGAUUAACUUAGAGUUAUACUUGAGAAUUUAAUUUGUUUCAUUGUGUUUUCAUGGGGUUUUUUCUAUCUUUAACUCAUGUUUUUGUCAGAUAUGAUCGUUUCUUGGCUCCUUGGUUUUUGGCUCUGAUCUUUUCCAGAUGCUAGUUUUUCUUGGAGGUUCAUGUUAGUAAGCUACUGAGGUUAUGAGCUUUUGUAGAAGAACUCCCAACAGGAUAAUGAUAAGUUAAAGCAAAAAAAAAGUCUGAUUCCACUUUAAUGUGAGUAUUGUAGUGCAACUUGUAAAAAGAAAAGCUUGGUUAAGGAUGCUGAUUUCAAGGCCAAAUGCAGUUAUAACAUCUACUAAACCUGUAAUAAGUAAUAUAUACAGUGGAGGCAUGUAGUGACUUUUCAGAUAACUUUUUGACUGCAGCCAUUGGCUCUCAGAAAACUGAAUACUAAAUCAAUUUACUUGAUAGCAGCAGUUUCAUCAAUUUAUCUUUUGCUUUGUGCAGCCUCAUGCCUUGAGCACAGGGCCUGAUUGAACCAACUCUAAAAUAAUCAUGCCUUUUCUUCAAAAUGUGAGAAAAACUUUGAUAAAUAAAUCUUGGUUUUCAAAUUGA